CACGGCAGUCACUGUCUCGCAGCACAUGAUGCAUGUUUUUCCGGUUUGUAGAAUUCCCGGGAAUGUGGGUAUCAGAUGACGUCUGCUAGUGAACGGGCGCCUGGCUUCCAGCACUGAACAUGGCUGCCCUGCAGCCCGGGGAUGUGGCUCAAAUGUCUUCUGAAAGACCUCUUCAGACUCUGUCAUGGGCUAGCAAAGUAAAGCAACCUCCAAAGAAUGUGAUCUCCUCACCUACCUCCGUAAAGACUACCUUUUCUGCCGCCAGCAAAACCAGGGCUCCAAAAAUACCAGGUUACCAUACGCUGUCUCCAACACCGAAUACAUCUCCAAAAGUGGAAACUGAGAAAGUGGUGACAACGAAAAAAAGAACACAAAAAAAGAAAAGUAGCAACAGUGAAGUGCCAGAUACUGUAUAUCAAGAGCCCCCAAGAUUCCAGGAUGAUGAAGAAUUCCCUGACCUGGUCUCCUCUUCUGCGGGUGUUAAGUGUGAAAAUAAAAACCUCUCUAGCCACAGCUGGGGACCUGGGGGGUCAGUGGACUCGGCAAAUCAAAAACGUGGCCGCAAAAAGAGCAAGAAACCAGUGCAGCUAGAUUUGGGAGGCAUGCUGACUGCAUUGGAACAGAGACAAACUACAGAGAAAAGCAAGCAAAUCACUAAACCACUAGUCUUUUCUGUUGGAAGUGGCGUCCAUGUGAAAUCCAGAGAUUCAGCUGCUGUAGUAAAGCACCCACAAUCAAAACCGGGUUUGGCGCCUCACAACCCCCUCGAUUCCAGUGCCCCGCUUGUCAAGAAGGGAAAACAGAGAGAGGUGCCCAAAGCUAAAAAACCAACUUCACUUAAAAAGAUAAUAUUGAAAGAGCGAGAACAACGCAAACAGCACAAUUUUUUGCAAUCCCAAGGAUCAACUCAGCCUCCCUGUAGUACAGAUUCUGCAGCAGAAAGCCAAGCCCUACCUGAACACUCCUCACCUUCUCCAGAUCCUCUUGAUAUUGCAGAAGAGAGAACAGAAUCGGCUGAGGCUUGCACGGUUCCUCUUAAUGACCAGUCUCAGGAUGUUCCUGAUGCCACAGAAGUUUCCAUUCCUGUGCAACAACCAAGUUCCAACCUCCCCAAAAUUCAUAGUAGGCGGUUUCGUGAGUACUGUAGUCAGGUUCUCAGCAAAGAAGUGGAUAGUUGUGUGACAGAACUGCUUAAAGAGCUAGUGCGUUUCCAGGACCGUUUGUACCUUAAAGACCCAGUAAAGGCAAAAACCAAAAGGCGUCUGGUGAUGGGAUUACGGGAGGUGCUGAAACAUUUAAAGCUCAAGAAACUUAAAUGUGUAAUCAUUUCUCCUAACUGUGAAAAGAUACAGUCUAAAGGGGGUUUGGAUGACACUCUGCAAACAAUCAUUAACUGUGCCUGUGAGCAGAAUGUUCCCUUUGUGUUUGCUCUUAAUCGCAAAACUCUGGGUCGAUGUGUGAACAAAGCUGUACCUGUUAGCGUGGUUGGCAUAUUCAGCUAUGAUGGAGCUCAGAAUCAUUUUCACAAAUUAUAUGAUCUCACAAUGAAGGCCAGACAAGAUUAUAAGGACAUGAUUACCUCUUUGCAAAAGCAACAGAACGAGGAUGAGGAGGAAGAAAAUGAUGUGGAAACUGUCUCAGAAGAGAGCCAUCAGGAGUCUCUGAAUGUUACUACAGCAUCUGCCAUAGAAGAGACAGAUGAGCCAAACUACAUAAAAGUAUGGAAACGAAUGCUAGAAGAGAAAUACACUCCAUACGCGAUGAGUCUUGAAGAAUCUCUUACAAAUGACAUGUUUAAUUUUCAUCUUUGAUUAUUCAGUUACUCACUGAAACCUUAACCGAACUGUCUAUGGGCCAGUUCACUGAAAACCAGCGUUGACCAUUGCCCCCUGUGGUCUUCCUGAAGCAAGAGCUGG